AUGAGGCUCGGAGGCCGGCAAGAAGGGCAGCGGCCCGGGGCCCCCCGCCCGGGCCCGACCCCCGAAGGGGAGGCUGCGGGCCCAGGCAGGGGAUCCCCGUCUUCCGCGGACAGAGACGGCGGUGGGCCCGGCCCGGAGGCUGAAGGGGCGGAGGCUGAAGGGCCCUCAGCGGCGCAGUCGGGCCGCUCGCUCAGGGGAGAGGCCCGGGGGCCCGCGCUGUCCUUGCCACCUCAGCCCACACCAGCGCUGCUGCCGCCGCCCCCCGGAGCAUCCCUGCGCGCGCCCGCUUGUCUCAGAGCCUCCCGCUGGCGCCGCGCGGCCGCCCCCGACCAACAGCCCCAACGCGCCGGAAGUGGCGAGCGCGCCCGGCGCGGCCCCACAGCGCGGCCGCCGGGCUGCGGCGCUGGAACCGGACCAAUCCGGAAUCGAGCGGGGGAAGGGGCGGGCUGGGCGGGGCCACACCUGAAGGCUCCAGCCUCGCCCCGCCCCCUGCGCCCGCCUCCUAUCCACGCGGGCCGGCGGCCAUCUUGGAUGCAGUUGGAGGGGUUAUGGACAAGGCCUAUUCCUGGGCCCGGCAUCUGCCUCGUGGCCCUGUGUCCAGGCUACCCUUGGCCUUGGGGAAAGCACCACCGCUGCUGUGUGGACUGGACAAGGAAGAGCAGACAGCUGGACAAGCAGCUGGACAGAUGGGCAGGUCACCUGCAAGCUUGUCCUCCUAGUCCUGAUUCUGACAGACAGCAGCAGAGUGGGCAGCCGAGGGACGUAGGGCUCCUCGGGGGGGCAGUGAGGGGGCCUGCCGGACCUCUGUCCACCAACGAGCCACCCCUGUGUACAGGCUGCUGGAAGCUGCUUCCCAAGGCCCACCCAGGUGGCCAGAACUCCUGUGGGUCAGGACAGGAGUCCCAGUCAGAGCCACGGGCUCUUCCACCCACCGAGGCGACGGGCAACCUGAGUGAAAAGGCACAGGUGGCAGGUGGGCAGGUGUGGGGCCCCGAGGCCGACAGGCUGCUGACCCUGGAGCACUCUGGCUCGGGGACCCCUGCCCAGGCUGGGGAUGAUGCUCCCGCGACCACCACCAGCCACCCCUGCCCCAUCGUGGAGCUGCCCCCGGCCUGGCCCGUGGGCUGUAAAGCAGAGGAUGUGUCAGCCUUCUGCUUCAUCUGCUUCCACAGGGAGAAGGAGGAGGAGCUGCUGGAAGAGAUCCCACUGCGGAGCCCCAGGGUGACUAUCCUGCCCUCUCCCAUUGUGGUCCGGCCCCUCUCCUGCUCGGAGCCGUCCAUGGCUCUUUGGCUUCCAUGGGAUGAAGUUGACACUUGACUGGUCAUUCAAGGCCUGUGUGAUCUGGGUCAACACCUCCCAUCUCAUCUAGCUCUGUCCCCCUAUAUUCACUCCAUGGAACGAGCCACCUUGGCUUCUGCCUGGACUUCCCUUCCCGUGGCUCCCCUCCAUCCAGACCCAACUGUAACACCUCCUCCUCCAGGAAGCCCUCCAGGAAGCCCCAGUACUUCUCCAUCCCAAGCUGAAAGCCAUCUUUCUUCCUGCAUUGCCCUAGCACCUAAUAAGUGUUCAGUCUUCACUGAAUUAAUAAAUGACAAUUGUGUGUGCAUAUAUUGUGGGUUUGUGUAUGUGUGUAUGUGAGAGGGAGAGAUAAUGAAGAUUUAGGUGGCUGAGUGGUUGUGUAUUUGGGGGUGAGUGUGUGUGUUGUGACUGUGUCUACUUCUAAGUGAGAGCAGGUGUGAGCCAGAUGUACCUAUUUGGGGAGAGGGGUUGUGUACUGUGCCUGAUAGGGGUUCACGCCCUAGGGGCCAUUAUCCCUUUUGCCAACUCUCCCCACCCCCAACUGUUGGAAAGCCCAGCUCAGGCCAAGUGCAUUACCCAAGCCGUGGCCACAGGCUCCAGGAAUGGAUGGAAAAUCUGCAGGGGAGACAAGGGGUCACCUCUGCUCCAGCCCAGCCCGCCCACGCCUCCACCACUGCCUGAGUCAGCACUGCCCCGGGUGGAGAGAAGGGCAGAUGAAGGGCCAAGCCUCGUGCCCCUCCAGGCCCUGGCAGGAGGGUGGGGGUGCAGGCUCCUGCAGCCUGGGCCAGGGUCCUCCCUGAAUCUCUGAGGGAUGCUGGGUCAGUUAUUUCUCCUCUGUGGGCCUCUAUCUCCUCAUCUGUGAAAUGGGGAGUGGGGGAUGCUCCUUGACAGUUGUCAGUUUAUCAUUCAGCAAACAGUGCCUGAGUACCCACAGAGACCCCGGGCUUCACAGGGUCACAGCCUCCUGGGAGAGACAGACAAGUAAACAGAUAUUUUGGCACAGUGUGCUGGGUGCCAUAGUGGGAGUGGGCGCCCAGUGCCAGGGAGUCAGGAAGAAAAUGACCACCUCUGGCUGCAGGAGCUGUGGGGGCCCCACUGGGUCUUCUUCCAGAUGGUGAAUGGCGUUAAGGUAAGGGCACCACAGGCAGUGGGCACGGGCAUGAGCAAAGGCUCAAUGAUAUGAAAAGGAAGCUCUUAGGGUGGUGGCCAUGAGGCCGGUGAGGUCAGGAGGAGGCAGAUCAAGAUGGGGCUUGACUGCUGAGCCAAGGACUUGAUCCUUAGGUGAUGGAGUGAGCAAUGAGAAGAGUUGGAAGCAAGAUAGGGACAAGUCAGGAGGCUCCAAUGAGCUUAUAGGUGUGGAAGUGCUUUUUGAAUUCCAAAGCAAUAGAUGCAUGAUAGAAUCAUUAUUUUCAUAGUUGGGGCUCAGAAUACUUGUUGAAUGAAUGAAUGCAUGACUAUGACAUGUGCACCCUCCCAGGCCCCACCUUGGAGAUUCUGUAGCCUCAAGUCUUAGAGAUUGUGGACUUUUAACCAGAUCCCCAGGUGAAUGGCUUGAGCAAACCAGCCUUUGGGAAACAUCAGGAUGAGAUAGGCACAGGUCUUAGAGUCAGGCAGUCAUGAGAUACUGUCCCCCCUCCUUCACCUCCCAGCUCCCACCUCCAACUUUGGGGGUCCCCCAUAAGGGAUGUCUCUCUCUGUCCUACCCUGGGGGCCUAGGGACCUGUAUCUGCAAGAGCUGGUCUCCUUUCUAGCUGGCAGGCUCUGGCCCUUUAAGGCCUGGGGAGUGGGCACUGCCAGGCUGGGCAGAGACAGUGACCACAGGUGCCAGGUGGUGAAGCUAAAAAUACUGAGUGAUGUGGUCACCCAGGCUGCAGGAGCCAGGCAGUGCUAUCUGGAGAAUAGGGUUGGAAAGGUUCUGAAGUUUCUUUCCUGCUGGUAGAGAGGCAGUAGGGCAGUGAGGCUGGGUAAGUCACCUUGGGGACUCCAUGGAGCUAUGGCUGCCCCCUUGCCCUCCCAGUCAUUCUUUCUGCAGUCUCUAGAAGGCACCAGGCUUCAUUCCUGAACAGACUGCUGCCAUGUUUAGCAGCCCUGGGGCAUGCUAAUUUCACUCCAUCUUGCUUCUGGGUGACCCUGGGGAAGUCAUUUCUUCUCUUUGGGCCUCUGGAAAGUUAGAAGGUUAGCCUUUGGCAAUUUCAGAGGCAGAUAGUC